CAGGUGCACGAGCCCACCCGCACCAUCCAGUGCUGCUCUGAGAUGAGAGCAGGAGCAGAGGGUCUCCACACUCAGGACCUUGAGACGCCGGGCUGGGACCAGAACUAGGGCGGGACCAGGCUGGGGCUGUCACUUUUUCAAGCUAAAGGGGAUGUACAUGCAGGUCACCUUGCCUGGUUCGGAGCUGAGCUGCCGUGACCCUCUUUCCCUUGCCCGGUGUGAGCUUCUGGAGGCCACUGAGGCAGAGCCAGAGGCGCCAGCUGCAGAGCUCCAGCCGGCGGCAGAAGCAGGGCAGUGGACAGUGGUGGAGGUAGAGCUGGCUCCAGCUCCGUCAAUACCACCCCCUCUAGCGCUGGAGCCAGCGUCCCCUCCCUCAGCAGUGUUGGAGCUGGAGCAAGGGCCCACGUCGGCUGCAGCAGGAGUGGGAGCUGCUGAGCUGGAGUCACCUGGACCAUCACUUCUAGUGGGAAGUCCAUCUCCACCUGUGGCCAUUAAGGAGGGUGAGAAGAAGCCUAACCUCACGGCCUUCCCUCCUAAGCUGGUGGCGGAGCAGUUGACCGUGAUGGAUGCGAGGGUAGAGAUGGACACUAACAGGACCUGCUGCACAGAGUGGCUGUGCCGGCUCCAUGAGGUAGAAGAGACGGAAAGCUGCGUGGGGCCUGGCCCAUCAGUGGGGGAGGGGAACUCACUGUGUGCAGCCAGGUCCCUGGUGGCCCAACCGGCUGCUCAGGAGGCUCAACAGCCUCAGCAUUUAUUAGAGACCUGAUGUGUACUUCACUACAAGGGAGACAGACAGAGCCUGUGGUUGUAGCUGCCGCAGGGGAAUGUGCAUCAGAAUCGGAGUGGGACCAGAGCGGGCAUCAGGGUGGUGGAAGAUGCCCCCUUGGGAUGAGCCUAGUUGAGCCACCGUCUGGAGCUUGGAGUUAGCCAGGACGGGCUGGGUGCAAAUGCCCCCUCCCUUCCCUGCCAGUAUUGGGUUCUGGGUCAUCCUGUGCUGGGUGCCCACAGUGGACAGAGAAGAAAACCCAGGGACUCUCACAAGGCUCAGACCACAUCCUGAGCUUCCUGAGCUCCAGCUCUAAACCGUGACCCCUGUGCGGCACUUUGGGGGUGGUAGACACGGAGCUGGGGUGUGGCAGG